GAUAUCAAAUAGAAAUAUGGAUCCUCCACCGUGUGUACAGAACGCAAUGAUGACUAAAGAUAAAAAACCCUUCACUUAUACCCCCGGAGGUAUCAACUUAUCUGAUGUGAGAUCACCUCGAAUGGCUCGAAGGAUAGAACAGAAUGCUAACCUGGCAGGAGCCGGAGACAUUCCGAAGCCGCGACCUCCGCAAACCCAAAAUUACGAUUCACUUCCACCUUCGACAUUAGCAGCUAUGAGACCCCAACCCCAGGUUCAAGUUUUUCCUUCUGGACCUCCUCCUCCGGCGCCAAUGCGAGGAGGAGUACCUCCCCCACCGCCACCACCAAACAAUACCGUACCUCUACCGCCUCCUCCACCGACAGGACCAUUACCCACCCAGAAAAUCCAGGCAGGAGAUCAAGUUCUAGAAAGACCAGAUAUGACCAAAAUUAUUCCAGAUAAUCCAAUGGCUUUGCUGAGAAAAACGGGAGGGCCGCAACCACGAAAUACAUUUGUAGAUGAAAUGUUUGCUCAAGGAGGGAAACAAGCACCUGGUCCAAGAUCACCUCCAACGCCUCCCCAGAAGUCUCCAUCUGUUGAACCACAUAAUGGGUAAGAUUGAACUGUCAGUAGA